GACCCGCCCCGCCUCGGCCCUCUGCGUGCGCACCGCCUAAAGCCCGUCCCCCCAGAAAGACUGCCGGCGCAUGCGGCGGGAGCGGAGCACUGGCUGCUGGCAGCUCAAAGCGUCGGUCGCUGGCCUUGGUCUGCAGCUGACGGAAGAAGCUGAAGCCAGCUUCAGGUUAAAAAAGAAAAUGAAGUACAUUCUAGUUACUGGUGGUGUUAUAUCAGGAAUUGGAAAAGGAGUCAUUGCCAGUAGUGUGGGUACCAUACUGAAGUCCUGUGGCUUACAUGUAACUUCAAUUAAAGUUGACCCCUACAUUAACAUUGAUGCAGGAACGUUCUCUCCUUAUGAACAUGGGGAAGUGUUUGUCCUGGAUGAUGGCGGGGAGGUUGACCUGGACCUGGGGAACUAUGAGCGGUUCCUUGACAUCCGCCUCACCAAGGACAACAAUCUGACCACUGGCAAGAUCUACCAGCACGUCAUUAACAAGGAACGCAAAGGAGAUUACUUGGGCAAAACAGUCCAAGUUGUACCUCACAUCACAGAUGCAAUCCAAGAUUGGGUGAUGAAGCAGGCAUUAGUACCUGUAGAUGAAGAUGGCCUGGAACCUCAAGUGUGUGUUAUCGAGCUUGGUGGGACAGUGGGAGAUAUUGAAAGCAUGCCCUUCAUUGAGGCCUUUCGACAGUUCCAGUUCAAGGUCAAAAAGGAGAACUUUUGUAAUAUCCACGUCAGUCUAGUUCCUCAGCCAAGUUCAACAGGGGAACAGAAGACGAAACCCACCCAAAACAGUGUUCGUGAACUUAGAGGGCUUGGGCUUUCUCCAGACUUGGUUGUGUGCAGGUGCUCAAACCCUCUGGACACAUCCGUGAAAGAGAAAAUAUCAAUGUUUUGUCACGUGGAACCUGAACAAGUGAUCUGUGUCCAUGAUGUCUCGACUAUCUACCGAGUCCCUUUGUUGUUAGAAGAGCAAGGGGUUGUAGAUUAUUUUCUUCGAAGACUGGACCUUCCUGUUGAGAGGCAGCCACGAAAAAUGCUGAUGAAGUGGAAAGAGAUGGCAGACAG